UAAUACCACCAGCUUACAUGUGACGUGCUGGCAAGUUUGGGUUGCCUGCUUGAUCUUGCACGCAGGAAGUCUCGACUCACACGGAUGCCUAACACAACCUGACCACAACCCAUUCUCAGCAAUCAACACCUUUGAUGGCCUACCAUGGCACAACCGCGGAGCCUAACGCAGCGUUAUGACCCAAGGGUCACGAGGGUUUAGGCCAAUCCCCCCUUGCACCCUUAGCCUGCGCCUUGCCCACUUGGCUCAUCGCAUAGAAGCGACAUACAUUCCCGAGCUCGCAAAGCCGGGGGCUCACACAUGCCGGCGCCAGCUGGCGCUAUCGUCUGUCCCGGCGCCGGCGCGGUCACCGGCGCCGACAGGCGGAGAAGCCACCCCCUCCACGUCCCCCUCCACAGCCCCCGCUAGCAAGCCUGAGCGUUCUGCCGCGGGCGGUGCCGCCGCCGCCGUCCCGGACGACUGGCGUCAGGAAGUCAUUGCCGCGUUGGCGCAGGCGGAAGGAUUUGCGGAGCUCACGAUACGAACCAAGGCUGCUUCCGCCGCCGCUCAGUCCUGGCACACCGUCACCGCGCGUCCCGUGCUGCUCGGGGGGACCCGCCACUUGCAGGUGACGACAUUCACCGUACGACAAAGUACGUCCGUCAACCACCCGCUGGGCCUGGCGGCGGCGAGCGCCGCGGGCCCUGGCGGUACGGCAGCGGUGGCUGCUGUGGAUGCCGUGGUCCGGCCGCUGCUGGAGGCGGGUGGGCUGGGAAGCGUCACUCUCCGUACGAGCAGCCAGGACUUGACGGUGCAGAUUACAAAACGGGGGAAGGGUAUUGUGCACCGAGGCGCACCCCAGAGUCGUCCCGCCCUGGUCACUUCCGAGCCGGGUCGAGCGCUGUCGCACGACCGGACCAAAGAUACCCCCAUACCGGCAAACCAGCCGCACCCCUUCCUGCAGCGAAUCGGAUUUCAAACAGCGGACGGCAGGAUCCGGGCCAACAUGCAGGACAAGUUCAGCCAAGUGAACGAGUUCUUGAAGCUGCUAGGUCACACGGGCUUCAUACAGCAGCAGCUACAGCUACAGCAGCAGCAGCAGCAGCAGCAAAGGGCAGGCGCCAUCGAUGGCGCCACCGCACCAGAGGUUGCAGUGGUUGCGGCAACCGCAACCGCUGGACGACAAUUCAUACAAGAAGAAGCAGAACCCGGAGGGGGUCCCCGGAGGGCGCUUCAUAUCCUGGAUUGCGGCUGCGGUUCCUCACACCUGACCUUUGGCACCUACCACUACCUAAACCACGUGUUGGGCCUGCAGACCACGCUGACGGGUGUGGAUGUGAACGGCGCACUGAUGACUAAGGCCAACGAACACGCCCGCCAGCUGGGGCUCCAGGGGGCGCGGUUCGACACGGCCCCCAUUGGGCAGUACAGUCCUGCCAUACCACCCGACAUCGUGCUCGCCCUUCACGCGUGUGACACAGCCACUGACGACGCUCUGGCCCUCGCCGUGAAGCAGGGCUCCCCGCUCAUCCUCGCCGUACCAUGCUGUCACGCGCACCUUCACAAACAGCUGUCCGGUCGGACCCCCACCUCCCGACCCCCCUGGAGCCCCCUCCUGCGUCACGGCAUCCUCAAACAACGGCAGUUGGAUUUGCUAACGGAUUCGUUGCGGGCACAACUGCUCAGGGUUGCGGGCUACCGGACCGACGUGGUCGAGUUCGUGUCCACGGAGCACACGCCCCGAAACCUGCUCAUACGGGCUGUCCGACAGCAGCAGGUGGCGCAGCAGCAAUCCAAAGGCCCCGCCGUGCCGUCGCCGUCACCGUCAGCAGUGGCACCGCCGCCGCCGCCACCACCGCCGCCGCCAAGCUGGCGGCGGCAGCAGUUGUCAGCGGCCCGCGAAUAUCUGGCGUUACGGGACUACUGGGGCGUUACGCCGAGACUGGAGGACGAAGAUGCUCGGCGCUGCAGCCCUCAAAGCGGCGGAGCUGAACAUUUGCAUGGAUUACUAUUUAACCCAGGCAUGUCCACACCAGUGCUUGCAACAGCAUGGGAAGCGGGUCCGCCGAGUAGCCCUGCCAUCCGUCCACAGCGGCUGAACCGCCUAUACCUGAAGCCGCCUGUGACCGCUGAACCCUCUAUUGCAAGUUCCAGAGUCCCAUCGACCACCAUCGGCGAUGUUGUUUACCCCAGCAUCGACACCAACGGCAGCAGCACCCAGCCCGCUACCGUUCUUGCCACCCCUGCCAAUCCCGGCGGUUCAAAGAGCAUCGAUAACGUCAGCGCUAAUACCGACGGCAUCCUUUGCAAAUCGCGGGGCGGCAGCGGCAGCGGUGGAACCAUCAUCCCCAGUCGCAGCGGCAGGUCCAGCAAGCGUCUAGCCCCUGUCAACCUCCGUGUUACCCCCAGCCAUGUUAGGCCCCCACAGGUUGACGGAUCCAUGACCAGUACGGCUGCCGCCGCCGCCGCCGCCGUCGGAGCCGUCGCGAAUGCCUCAUGUUCUGACCUGCAUGGUGGGCGGAGCAAUCACGGGAGUGCCCUGGAACCUCUCUUCUUCCACAGCGAUGAUGGCGAGCGGUCUAUGACCAUCAUCGCCGAUGACCCAGAUCUCCUUAUGAACAGUCCCAGUGGGGCAACCUAUCAAGAAACUCCGGCUAAACCGCCCUUCGCCGCCUCCGAAGCCACCACUAUCCCCAUCACGAUGCCGGCCGCCUUUACAACCAACGCCGGGAUCACGGCCACUAGCCUCAUGCGGGGUGCUGUCCACCGCCCCACAGCCCGCAGCGCCCCUGCUGUGGCUGAAUCGACGGCUGUUGAUGUCGAAGGGUACCUGCCGUUGGCCGUAACGACCCGAUCGCAGGCCGCAGCGGUCAAGCCACCUGGCCACGUGCAUGACGACCUUGACAUGGCACAGUUGCCUGUGCAGGGGGAUGGAAAUGGCCGCCCGGCGCCAUCACUCGUGCCCGCUGGACAUGUUCGAGCGCGUGAAGCGGCGGUGUCGCCUGUGCCGCCAGCUGGCGCGGAUUGUGAGCCGCAGCAACUGCCGGGCACGGACGCUGUGGUGGGCAGCCACAGCACCGAAGUAAUGGCGCAUGCUGUUGCCGGUGGGACGUGCCGCAUCCGAAUGAAGCUCCACUCAAGCAACCCGGAGCAGCUCAGGCCUAGCAUGCUGGCGCCACUUGCUCGGCUGCUGCUGCCAUACAGCUGGGCCCUGCAGAGCGUCGCCGCGCGCCCUGGCUGUCUGGAGCUUGUGCUAGAUUACACGAUGCUCGAGAAUGUGGCGGUGCAGCUGCACGGCCGAAGGGCUGGGGACGCCAGCACCGCUUCUGGCCUCGCUGCCGCUGCCGCCGCCGACCCAGAUGCCAUGAUCUCCGACGGCCAAGUGGCUGAACUGCUGUCGUACUUGCAAUGCCAGGGUUUAGUGGACCCCUCCCAAGAGCCGAUGGUCACGGUACAGGUCAACCAGCAGCUGCGACGAUUGCAGUGGCAGGGCCACGAGCCACAGGCAGCACUGACAUCGCCGCGGCCGGGUCCUUCUGAUGACCUCCUAUCCUGGUGCACAGGCGAGCCUUCAUCAUCACACACUAACACUACUGCCGUCACCACCAUUGCCGCCUCGGCGACGGCGGGGAUGUCAGAGCGACCGGCGCUACAGACGAGCGGUGGCUGGUUCUGUCAUGCCGGGUCAGGUCAGGCCGUGACAGAGGAAGUGGGGCUUACGAGUACGCAGCCAGACGCGGCGCCGGUCUGCCUCGUGGCGCCCUGUGUAGGGCCGGCAGCAGCGGCGGUACUGUACGUUGCUGUACCUUGUGCCGGGCUACACACCUGUACCGUCCGAUGCCUUGGCUGCUUUCUGCCGGUACAGCAGCUGCAGCGCUUGUCCACGGCUGCUAUCCACGACACCGCAGCGGCAGCGGCGGCGGGGAUGCCUCGGCUGGGCAUGGAUUGGGCGGAUGCCGUGGAUUUGGCAGCAGCGGCAGCUGGUGCUGAGGGCGACGUACUUAUCAUUCAGCUGGACUCGCUUCCACGGCACUCAACGCUGCUUCAAGUGGAGUUGAGGAUGGGUGGGAAAUCACUCAAAGACGGCGCAGCAGCAGCGGGGGCGGUGCAGCCGCUGCAGCAGGCGGAGGAGGAGCACCAGCCGCCAAUGCCUGCGCAGCUUGUCACUGAGCCCCUGUCCGCCGCGGCGCCAGUCCUUUUCCUACGUGCGUGUGCGUGUGACCGGGACGAGGUCUGCAGGUGCUCUUGUGCUCGGCGAAUUCGACCGGGGUGGACGAGCAUGGUCGGCGGUUCGGUCAUUGAUCGCGACGUGAACGAGUCUGGCUGUGGCGUGCUGAGCAUGGCAACGGCUAGAGGUGUUGCUGCUGAGCUGAAGGACCUAAAAACACGCAUUCUGGCUAGCCGCGUUGCGGGAGCUGCGCAAUCGUCCGCGGAUGCUCAUGCCUUGGCGUCGGCGGCUCCUGUUCCAGGUACUAGUGCUGCUGCUGCUGCUGCUGGCGAACUGGACGAGAUCGGGGCUGCGGCGGCGACAGCAGCGAUCGCCGUGAGGGAGUUCAUCAGCGACCUAGGACUCCUGCUGGAUACAGCCGCAUGUGUGCAGCUGCAGGAGGGGGAGGAAGAAGAAGAAGAUGAUGAGGAAGCGGCGGUGGGUAAUUGCCUAUCCUACAACCGUGUGAUCCGUGGCCUGCUGCUGCAGCGGCUUGGUUUCGCCGGCAGUGGAGCAAUCGAACUCCCCGAUGAUGUCAGCGGCGCCGCCAUUGAUGGUAGCGACUCAACUACUGCACAGUUCCGGCAGCACUUGGCGGACACGGCCGUGACGUUGCUGGCGGGCUGCUUGGAGCUGUCCCUGCCAUAUACGGCGCGCCUGGUCUCGUCGUGUUCGGCAGGGCAGCUGCGGCUGUGCAGCGAGGACGUGUUGGUGGCGGCGGUGGCGGUGGAUGAGGUCGAGGUGGCGGCGCGGCUCGAAAACCUGCUUCGCUUCACUGAUCCUCCUUGCCUGCCGCAGAAGUCACCGCAGCCGCUGCCUCCGUCGCCACCCUCGCACCGAGCUAACGGGACGGCUGCUGGCAGUAGCGGUGACGUCCGCGCCAUUGUAAUACCGCGGACAGCAACACCCCUGGCAUCUUCCUCCAUGCACGCCAGUACAUCCAGUACACUACCGCAGGUUGCGCUUAGUGGCAAAGAACGACAACAACAACACCGUGGUGCUGUCGACGCCACUUGCAGCGGCGGCGGUGCAGCCGACGGCGCCGCAGUAGCAGCAGUAGCAGUAGGAUCGCCAGCGGUGGCCCCACUCGUCAGCCCUUCAGUCGUUGCCUUUUUUUCCCCUCCUGCUGUGGCGGGCGCUGCCCCGGUUGACGACUCCUCCCCCACGCGACCUCCCCUGAGACCUAGCCUCAGUACCAGUCUGCUGCUGGAACAUCAACAUGCCCACAACGUCAAUGUCAACUCCAGCGUCAACCACUUCCUGAGUCAGCGCCAGGGCCGGAACGGCGUCGGAAUUGAGUUUCGGCACAGCUCUGGUCCGGGAUUCGAGACUGGCUCUGGGUUCCCAGGUCCAAAUACUCCUGGCACAUCCCCGGGGGGCCUCGUCCAGAGCCUGUCGGGUUCUGUGGCUGUGCUUCAAGGUCCCCAUCUGCGCUUGCGGCCACCCGCACCCGGUCAGGACACGUUUGCCGUCCCGUCUUCCCUGCCAUCCUUGCCGUCAUCUGCACAGACGCAACCGUUACGUUACCGGCGGUUCUCUAGAGUGCUUGAGGCGGUGGCUGCGGCGGCGGGUGGCGCUGAGGCAAGGGUGCAGACGGAGUCAGAAGGACGGUCACUGGGUCUGGACCCGGUGUUGACGACUGGCAGGUUGGUUGGCAGCGGUACCGCCGGCGGUGACGCACCUGCCCAUUGCGCUGAGCAGGAGGACUCAUUCCAAAGCGGGCAAGUGGACCGUCGAGGUGCCCAAGAACAGACGUUGGUUGGGGCAUCGCCAGUGUCGUCGUCAUGCGUCAAGGCGACGGCAGUGUCACAGUGGCAGGUGGCGGCUGCAGCUACGGGGCCUCCUCCUCCACUACCACCGCACGGGUCGUCGGGAGCGCCGGCGGGUUCGUCAGGGACAACGACAUUCCUGGGGAGGGUUGGCAGCCAGGUGCUGGCCUGCCUCACAGGCUUUGCUUCCCCGCACAUGGAGCAGGCGUUUUGGCAGGAUACCACCAUACGUUUGCAGGCUAUGUGCCGGCUAUACGCCGGCAUCACACUCGUCUUCGUGUCACUUAGCGUGGGACGUGCAUUCAUCGAGGACGGCCUCCCCGCGGCGGCUUUCAUGGCGCUGUACCAGGGCGGCCAGGCGCUGCUUCUGGCGGUGUUUGGGCUGCUGGGUGACGGCCGGCCAGAACGCCUCUUUGGCGCUGUGGUCACCUGCACGGGGCUGCGCGCCGUGUGUCACUCGCUGCUUAGCCGCGGCCUGGCGCCGCUGCCAUCCUUCGUGCUGCCGCUGUGCCACAUGGGCGUGGACGUGUUCAAUGAGGCGGUUGCGAAGGCGGUGUUCGAGCAGCUACCCGUGUGGCUGUUCCUGACCCUCCUAAUUUUUCUGGAGCUACCAACCGCCUACGCGCUGUACUACUUCCUGGACGGCCAUGGACAGGGCCUGCUGGCCCGUUGCCUGCUGCUGCGGCUCGCUGUCUUUGGGGUGCUGCGGACGGCGGUGGUGAUCGGAAUUCAGGCGGCCUGGCGCGUGCAGUUCCUGGCGCGGCGGGCGGCGCAAGCCAAGCGCGACUGA